AUGGAUAACUAUUCAAACCAUGAAAAUGGAAGAAUAUGGAUCCAUUGGGAUGAUAAUAGAAGGAACAUGGCUCUCUUGGAAAGCACGAAUCAGUUGAUUCAUUGUAAGGUCAAUGAUGUCAAUGGCAAUUUCCUGUUUUGGAUGACAGCCAUUUAUGCACAAAACCAGCUGCAGCGCAGAAAGGAAUUGUGGCGCGACAUAGAAAAGAUAAAUGCACAGCAAAAUGGACCUUGGAUCCUAGUAGGUGACUAUAAAAAUGUGAUGAAAACUGAAGAGAGAAUUGGCGGUAAUGACGUUACAGAGCACGAAUACAUAGACUUGAUUGAGAUGAUGAGUAAAACGGGACUAUAUGAAAAAGAUAGUGGGGGAGACUACUUCACAUGGUCGAAUAAACAGGGAGAUAAUGCUAUUUACUCUAGAAUUGAUCAUGUCAUAUGCAAUGUUGAGUGGCUACAAUAA